AUGCGUCAAUGCGUUGUGGUACAAGCGAAGGCGGAAGGCCCCGGGUCUGGUGGGAAACCCUGGGUUUCCAAGCGCGACGCGUACGUCUCACUGAGCGGCGACAUAGUAGAGCUGGUUUCCUUUGGGAUCGGUGAUGCUGAGGCACAGCCCUGCAAGUGCACGCUGGCACUGGCGAAGGUCGAGGCGGAGACGUUGACGUCGACUAGGAGAAUAUUGAAAUGGCAGUUCUAG